ACUAAAUAUUUCAAAUUUGGGAUCAUCGACUAAGAAUGGUUAUUAUGUUUUGCAGGAUGUAGGGAAAGCAGUACUAGAGAGCUAUUCUAGAGUUUUUUAUGUUUUGAAGAUGUUCUUUAUGUAGAUAAAUCAAUGAGGAAUCGAGAGGUUUAGAAACUAUGCAGAUGUCUGUUGUUUUCCAUCCAAUAAUCUUGUGUAAACCAUAUGUUUACUUAGGAUGAAGAAAGACACAAGAUGAUUAUAUGAAAAAAAUAUAUAUAUAUUGACUUGUAUGUGUAUCUCUGAUUGUUAGAUGCAACAGAGAGAAGACAUUUUUCACACCCUUUAAGCAUUUCUAGCUAGAGUGAACAAAAUAUAUGCAAAACAAAGUGUUACUCAGUGCUCGUAUGGAGAAAAUCUCCACAAUCCUCAUGAACAAACAAGAAGGAAGAUGCAUUUUCUCUCUUUCAAUCCAUUUUUGUGUACCCAACAUUACCUCAAGAGUGUUUCCAUUGAACUCCCACAUCGUCUAAGCUUGAUAUAACUUUUAUCUUUAUAAACCCACGCCCAGCUACUAGUGUAGUCCCUUCGGGGACAUCCGAUAAAAUUGGAACGAUACAGAGAAGAUUAGCAUGGCCCCUGCGCAAGGAUGACACGCACAAAUCGAGAAAUGGUCCAAAUUUUUUUUAUUUUUGUUUCUUUUGUUCAUGAAUUUACUUGAAAAAUUAGAUUUACCUAUCGUUGAACCACGGAAUUAUUACCCAGGUGAGUUCUGCAGAUUUCAUCACCUACAAGCAAUUUCGAUAACCUAGGUUGUAGCUGUUGGGGUUUGGUGGUUGUAUUGUAGGGUUCAAAGCAGGGGUUGGGGGCCAUAGGAUGUGAGUUGUAGCUAUUAGGGUUUGGAGCAGUGGCUGGUGCACGGGAUGUGGGUUGUAGCUUUUGGGGUUUCGAGCAGGAACUGAGGCAUUGGGUUUAACAUUCUGAAUGGUUUUAAUUUAGCAUGUCUUCACUUUGCUCCUGUACUGCUUUUGUUGAACCAUUCUUGCAUUUAGACCCUAAGGUUAAGUACUCCUAGUAACAAAACGGAGUGUUUCCUGAAAUUGGAUGAUAUUGGCGGUUAUUAGUAUUUUGGUAAUCUAAUCUGUGAUAUAUUUUACAGGUGUAAAUUAAACCAGGGCACGAGCUUGAAAUGAGUGUCACAGAAACAUCCAAGAAAACUGGUGCUCCCCAAAUUGUUAAGUUGGACAAGGCAUUGAAAUUGGCCGAGUUAUGGGUAAAUAAUAUGAGCAAAGAUGCUGAUGAUCAUAGGACAAAUGCGGAUUUAGAGGGUAGACCUUCCGGGCUUGGUCUAGGUGCAAAAGUUUCACGCCAGUCAAGAAUUGUACCUUCCGAUGACCCUGUCGAAAAGAAGUUGUAUGCCAAAUUGACUGCUGAAAAAAGAAAAGCAGCCAAUAUUGCUAUAGAGUCUGCCACAAUUGCGAGAGAUGAUUUAGGUGAGGAUGAAGACAACGAGGACUUAGAUAGCAGAACUAAUGCGUUUGCUAAGAGGAAGGCAACGGUACCUUUGACCUCUUCUAUAUUGCGAAAUAAGAAGCAGAAGUGACAUUCACUGAUGAGUUCUUUUUCGCUGCAAGGCUGUAAUGUAUCACAUUUUGCAUUUGCCUUCUUGCAAUUUUGGCUUAAUGUAUAUUUUUCUUGAUUGACCUUUUGACAGUUGAGCACGUAUAUUUUUACGUGUAACUGAUAUUAUUGUGUGAUCAUUCCAUAGUGUUCUUGCUUGGUGCAUAAAAUCUAUGGUGUUCAUUAAUAGAUCAGCUCAAGAAUCAUUCAUGGGACAGAUCUGUAUGUAUUGUGACCAGUGAAUGGGAAAAUUUGAGCUUAAAUUGUUUAUACAAAGCUAUAGUGACUU